AUGAUAGUCGCGGAAAUGCGCACUAUUGUUGACUGGUUACAGGGAAUUGACGUUGUUUUUCUGGUUGCUUAUGAACGUGUGGUUAGAUACAUUAAAUAUCUUUUUGGUGUGCUCGAACAACUAAAAAACGACGGAAAUUGUUAUUUUGAGAAGCUUCCUUUUAUCAGAGAAAUUGACAACUCUGCCGACAUCAAAGACCUUAAAUUGGUGUGUAUCAGUUUAGUAGAGCGUCUCCUCCAAGCUCUGCAAUUUCGUUUCGCUAACCCAUUCCAAAAGUCCACACAGUUACAAAUGACUCCCAGAAAUCCAGUUAGAGAAGAAUUGUUUGUCAUUGGGACAAUAUCAAACUUUGAUGAAAAGAUCCGUUUGAACGAACCUGCGUUAAUUCGAAAAACAAACACUUACUUCAUACCAAAUGAAUUACUGAGAAAACGAAAAUGUUUUUCGAAAAGUGAAACACGAAAAAUGAGGUCAUUUAUAAAAGAAAACCCAGAACUGAUAGCCCCAAUUUUGAAAAAACAAAGAGAACAAUCAUAUGUGGUACCAGAAAUAAAAACAACAAAACACAACAAAAACAUAAUCAGUCAAUUCGUAAAUUCUCGUGGACAUUUUUUGAAAACACGUAAAAACAUGGAAAAUGAUACAGCGACUGAUGAGAUUGUGUGUGGAGUGCCAUACACAAUUGAUAUACUUAUUCAAAGGCAAUGUUUUCGAAUUUGGAAAAAGGAGUAUUUAUCUUCAUUCACAAGGAAAUGCCCAGUUGUAUAUUUGACAUUAGCCAAUGUUCUAAAUCUGAUGGAUAAGAAAACAAGGGACAUGUUCCCAGAACUUAAAAUUAUCGUCGAAGAACUACACGUUAUUGCAGCAACCAGUUGUUCAGUUGAACGUUCAUUUUCACAACUGAGCCGUGUUAGCAAACCAGGAAUGACUGGAAAAACAACUGAACAGAGGUACGACGCCAAACAAAUUGUACAUUUUGGGAAACCCAAAACAGAAUGUUAA